GCUGGUGCCGUGUGCCGAUGUGGGCGGGGAGAAGCCUCCUAGGGCCCGGACAAAAGCCGGAUCCCGGGCGACUGCGGAAGGCUGGAGUGCUCCGCUUAGUGCAUUAGGGCCUGUGGACCUAAAAGCAAGCACGGACUUUCGCAGAGAGGUAGAGCAGGUCCCCCCGCAGCCAUGUCGGCCAAGGCGAUUUCGGAGCAGACGGGCAAAGAACUCCUUUACAAGUACAUCUGCACCACCUCGGCCAUCCAGAACCGGUUCAAGUAUGCCCGGGUCACCCCUGACACGGACUGGGCCCACCUGCUGCAGGACCACCCAUGGCUGCUCAGCCAGAGCUUGGUGGUCAAGCCAGACCAGUUGAUCAAACGUCGUGGAAAGCUGGGCCUCGUUGGGGUCAACCUCACUCUGGACGGAGUCAAGUCCUGGCUGAAGCCACUGUUGGGACAGGAAGCCACAAUUGGCAAGGCCAGAGGCUUCCUCAAGAACUUUCUGAUCGAACCCUUCGUCCCCCACAGCCAGGCGGAGGAGUUCUACGUCUGCAUCUAUGCCACCCGAGAAGGGGACUAUGUCUUAUUCCACCAUGAAGGAGGAGUGGACGUGGGUGAUGUGGACGCCAAAGCCCAGAAACUGCUCGUUGGCGUGGAUGAGAAGCUGAAUCCCGAGGACAUCAAGAAACACCUGUUGGUCCAUGCCCCCGAAGACAAGAAAGAAAUCCUGGUCAGCUUCAUCUCCGGCCUCUUCAAUUUCUAUGAGGAUCUGUACUUUACCUACCUUGAGAUCAACCCCCUUGUGGUGACCAAAGAUGGCGUCUACAUCCUUGACUUGGCAGCCAAGGUGGAUGCCACGGCCGACUACAUCUGCAAAGUGAAGUGGGGUGAUAUAGAGUUCCCACCCCCCUUCGGACGAGAAGCUUAUCCAGAGGAAGCCUACAUUGCAGACCUGGACGCCAAGAGUGGGGCAAGCUUAAAACUGACCUUGCUGAACCCCAAAGGAAGGAUCUGGACCAUGGUGGCUGGAGGUGGCGCCUCUGUCGUGUACAGUGAUACCAUCUGUGACCUGGGGGGUGUCAAUGAGCUGGCGAACUACGGGGAGUACUCAGGUGCCCCCAGCGAGCAGCAGACCUAUGACUAUGCCAAGACGAUCCUCUCCCUCAUGACCCGCGAGAAGCACCCAGAUGGCAAAAUCCUCAUCAUCGGAGGCAGCAUUGCAAACUUCACCAACGUAGCUGCCACAUUCAAGGGUAUCGUGAGAGCGAUUCGAGAUUACCAGGGCCCCCUGAAGGAGCAUGAAGUCACGAUCUUUGUCCGAAGAGGUGGCCCCAACUAUCAGGAAGGCCUACGGGUGAUGGGAGAAGUCGGGAAGACCACUGGGAUCCCCAUCCACGUCUUUGGCACGGAGACUCACAUGACGGCCAUUGUAGGCAUGGCCCUGGGCCACCGGCCCAUCCCCAAUCAGCCGCCCACGGCCGCCCACACAGCCAACUUCCUCCUCAACGCCAGUGGGAGCACAUCGACUCCAGCCCCUAGCAGGACAGCAUCUUUUUCUGAGUCCAGGGCUGAUGAGGUGGCCCCUGCAAAGAAGGCCAAGCCUGCCAUGCCACAAGAUUCAGUCCCAGGUCCGAGAUCCCUGCAAGAGCCCAGCCAAGAGCACUGCCCUGAGCAGGAAAGAACCCCUGGAAGGAGCCUGGGAGAACUUCGGGCAGAACCUCAGUUAGAGAUAAGGCAAACCUCUUCAUUGGACCUGCGCUGCCCUAGAAUCCUAAGGACUGACCCAGGCUGGCUUAUGUCCAGCUUCACAGGCGGAAAGAGUGCCACCCUCUUCAGCCGCCACACCAAGGCCAUUGUGUGGGGCAUGCAGACCCGGGCCGUGCAGGGCAUGCUGGACUUUGACUAUGUCUGUUCCCGGGAUGAGCCCUCGGUGGCCGCCAUGGUCUACCCUUUCACUGGGGACCACAAGCAGAAGUUUUACUGGGGUCACAAGGAGAUCCUGAUCCCCGUCUUCAAGAACAUGGCUGACGCCAUGAAGAAACACCCAGAGGUAGAUGUGCUGAUCAACUUUGCCUCCCUGCGCUCCGCCUACGACAGCACCAUGGAGACCAUGAACUACGCACAGAUCCGGACCAUCGCCAUCAUAGCUGAAGGCAUCCCUGAGGCCCUCACAAGGAAGCUGAUCAAGAAGGCGGAGCAGAAGGGUGUGACCAUCAUUGGACCUGCCACCGUUGGUGGCAUCAAGCCCGGGUGCUUUAAGAUCGGGAAUACUGGCGGGAUGCUGGACAACAUCCUGGCCUCCAAGCUGUACCGCCCCGGCAGCGUGGCCUACGUCUCGCGUUCGGGUGGCAUGUCCAAUGAGCUCAACAACAUCAUCUCCCGGACCACAGAUGGCGUCUAUGAGGGCGUGGCCAUCGGCGGGGACAGGUACCCCGGCUCCACGUUUAUGGAUCACGUGUUACGUUACCAGGACACUCCAGGAGUCAAAAUGAUUGUGGUCCUCGGAGAGAUAGGGGGCACUGAGGAAUAUAAGAUCUGCCGAGGAGUCAAGGAGGGCUGCAUCACCAAGCCCGUGGUCUGCUGGUGCAUCGGGACCUGUGCCACCAUGUUCUCCUCCGAGGUGCAGUUUGGCCACGCUGGAGCUUGUGCCAACCAGGCUUCUGAAACCGCAGUAGCCAAGAACCAGGCUUUGAAGGAGGCGGGAGUGUUUGUGCCUCGGAGCUUUGAUGAGCUGGGAGAAAUCAUCCAGUCUGUGUACGAGGACCUGGUGGCCAGAGGAGUCAUCGUACCUGCCCAGGAGGUGCCGCCCCCGACGGUGCCCAUGGACUACUCUUGGGCCAGGGAGCUGGGCUUGAUCCGCAAACCUGCCUCUUUCAUGACCAGCAUCUGCGAUGAGCGAGGCCAGGAGCUCAUCUACGCCGGCAUGCCCAUCACAGAGGUCUUCAAGGAGGAGAUGGGCAUCGGCGGGGUCCUCGGCCUCCUCUGGUUCCAGAAAAGGUUGCCCAAGUACUCCUGCCAGUUCAUUGAGAUGUGCCUGAUGGUGACGGCUGAUCAUGGGCCAGCCGUCUCUGGGGCUCACAACACCAUCAUCUGUGCUCGGGCCGGGAAGGACCUGGUUUCCAGCCUCACCUCGGGGCUGCUCACCAUUGGGGACCGGUUUGGGGGCGCCCUGGAUGCAGCAGCUAAGAUGUUCAGCAAGGCCUUUGACAGCGGCAUCAUCCCCAUGGAGUUUGUGAACAAGAUGAAGAAGGAAGGAAAACUGAUCAUGGGCAUUGGCCACCGAGUGAAAUCGAUAAACAACCCGGACAUGCGAGUGCAGAUCCUCAAAGAUUACGUCAGACAGCACUUCCCUGCUACCCCCCUGCUCGACUACGCUCUGGAGGUAGAGAAGAUUACCACCUCAAAGAAACCGAAUCUUAUCCUGAAUGUAGACGGUUUAAUUGGAGUUGCGUUUGUAGACAUGCUCAGAAACUGCGGGUCCUUUACUCGGGAGGAAGCUGAUGAAUAUAUUGACAUUGGAGCCCUCAAUGGCAUCUUUGUGCUGGGAAGGAGUAUGGGCUUCAUUGGCCACUAUCUCGAUCAGAAGAGGCUGAAGCAGGGGCUGUAUCGUCACCCAUGGGAUGAUAUUUCAUAUGUUCUCCCGGAACACAUGAGCAUGUAAUGGAGCCAGGAACCCUAUCACAGUACGGAGAAGAUGAGAACUCCUCCCCCGGGGAGACAGCCGCAGACAGCUGGCACUGGAGCUUCCUUAAAGGAUGGAAUGUAAACAGGCACCGAAAACUAACACCCACAGGCUAACACCGUUCAGUCUACGCAAAGAAGCUUAAUAUUUUUUUUUAUAAGCAUAGAAGUAAGAACCCAGCCAAUACAUGGGACGUUUGCUCUGCUACCCACUGUAUUUAUUAUAUGGAAGCAUCUAAGUGCAGUCCAAAGUGUUUUUCCUCCUUGUAGGGCUUUAUGAUACUGCUUUUUUCCAUUAGUUAAAAAAAAAAAUGUUUUUCCCUGGAUGACACUUUUAAGACUUCAAGAUACUUUCCAUUUAAAGGACCCUAAUAUUUUGUUUUUCCAUUUCCCUUUUCUUCCUCAUAUAACCCGAAGAGCAUUGUAUUAAUCUGAUUUUUUUUUAGGAUCUUUUUGUAUAUUGUGUGUUGAGUUUGUUUGGUAUCCCCCGGAAAUGUUCCAUGUUGCAGACGAUGGGACCAUCUACAUCCUUACCAUUGUUACAAAAUAUGUGGAGCAGUAAUUUAACAUGUAAAGUUGUAACAUACAUAUGUUUAAAAUGGAAGUGCAAAGCAAAAAGCUGUGAAAUGUCUUGUGUGUUACGGUCUCUAUUUAUGUAGCUGACUUGUCUGUUUAUUACUGACUCCUUUCCAGCCAGUUGGCAUCUGUAAUCCAGAAAGGUUCUGGGCAGCUGCCACCUCAGUUGCUCCUCUGUGUUAUCAUAGUUUGGUUUAAAUAAACUAUAUAGUAACAAUGAA